UUCGACGUAUGUGCAUAUGCGUAGCUCAAGGAUCGGUUGAAGGGCAUGCGAGCUAUCAUAGUAUGCUAUGCCAGUUGUAUUUUAAUGAUAUAGCAACACAGGGUGUACGCUUCGCUAGUUCCUCGCUGAAUACUCAAAAUGCCACACAUAAGUCUGUACAUAGCUUAUUUCAUUGCUUGUCCGUGGCUGACCUUGAGAUCCAGUGAAGCUGUGACCACGCUAACAUGGCCAGAGGGAACAUACGGUUUACCUAAAGCAAACGUUGGUUGUCCUUUGUCAACAAAUUUUAAAUGGGCCACAGGGUGGAGGUUUGAGGACACCGAGGAUACAGAUCCAAGAAAUAUCAAAUCUUCAAGUUUUCAUUUAGAUACGAUUGUAGGCUUAGAUGUCAACAGGACUUUCUGCAUUAAGAUCAACGACACCAAGUCUGUCGAGUGGCCAAAAGGUCAAUAUUGUAUCUUCAAGAAAGGUAAUUGCCCCAAAGGACUCAAAGAAGGUUACAUACACUGGGACGAUGAAACAGAUAAGAACAUGAACGACAAAGGAGGAACACUUCCUGAUGGCAUAUAUGACGAGGAUACCCUGAUCUACUAUUGUUGUAGAACGGACGGAGACAAAUUUAAGCCUAUGUCCCUCCCCCUAAUAAGUCCUUUUUACCUCAAGGCAUAUCGCUCGCGUGAGUGCCAGCGCGUGCAAGGAGCGAUCUCAACUGAGGAGUAUAUACGUUUCGACAAUGAAGAUCGCUUUAACAAAGACAAAGAGAAUGGAAGUUAUCCGUACGGAGGAGGAAUUAAUAAUCACAAUAUCACCUACUGUUAUUAUAAGAGUUGCCUCUACACAUACAGCUUGGAUAAUAGCGAAAAUGCAACAGAGUUCAUCUCUCCGAAGUUUUUCGGUGAGGGAUUCCCGUAUUCGCAGAAGUGCAAGUGGCGAUUUGUUGUUCCGCAGAACAGCAAAAUCCAAAUUGAUUUUCUUGAAGCAAACCUUGAGGGAGAUGACACGAUUGACAUUCACAAUGGGUGGAACAGUGGCUCAUUAGUUGGUAACAUUAAAUCCACAAAAAAGCCAGAGACUGGUGGCUACUCGUCCCAGGGCACUGUUAUUACUCUAGAGUUCGAAUCAAAGGCACCCGGUCCUUCACGAAAACGUUCCCGCGGCUUCCGUGGAACCUUCAAAGUCAUUGGUAGUAAAGAAGUGGGUCCCGCCUGGCCAAAAGGUACAUACGGUCUGCCUCGCCCCCGUCUUGGCUGCCCUCUGUCAAACGCACCCGAUUGGAAAACUGGUUGGAGAUUCCAAGACACCGAAGAUAGCAAUCCCAACAACAAAAAAUCCGACAGCUUUCAUAUGGAUACUGUGGUCGAUAAGAGUGCCAUAAACAAAACUUUCUGUAUCACUACCCAGAAAGAGGGACCGGUGUGGCCAGAAGGUCAAUACUGCAUCUACAAGAAAGGCGCUUGUCCUGAAGGAUUCUCAGAGGGGUAUAUAUUCUUCGACGAUGAAAACCACAAAAAUCUAAACAAGAAAGGAGGUGCACUUCCUGACGGCGUAUACAACAAAGAUACAAAUAUAUCCUACUGCUGUCGAACAGAUGGGGACAAAAUGAAACCCAUCACCCUUCCUGUGGCGAGUCCUUUUUACCUGAUGGCUUACAACACGUCUGAAUGUCAGCGCGUCAAGGGAACUCUCGCUACAGAGGAGUUCAUAAGACAUGACAAUGAAGACACGAACAAUAGAGACUCCAUGAACGGAACUCAUCCGUUCGAAAAAGGAAAGUCAAAAAUUACAAUUAUGUACUGUUAUUAUGAAGCCUGUCACUUCACCAUCGGUGAGAAAUCUCAAGAGUUUACGUCACCAAACUACCUCACAGAUGGCUACCCCAACUCUCAGUUCUGUUCAUGGCGGAUCCUGGUGGAAAAGAAAACCCCGCCAACGGAACAGAUUCUAAUCAAGUUCCCUGAGUUCCACUUACAAAAGGGUAAAGAUGGAGAUAAAGUGAGGAUCUACAGUGGAUGGGACGAUAGAGCACCUCUCCUCGCGGAAUUCAAUGGGAAUAGUCCCCCUCCUGCCAAGGGUGUGGCAUCGAAAAACCACGUGGUGUACGUUGUGUUUACAUCUGAUUCACAAGGCAAAUCGAAAGGCUUUAGAGGACUCUUCCUCAAUCAAAAGUACAAUGACGACUCUGUGCCAAAAAAGCCGAUAACACUUCCUGUUGAAACAACUCAGCCAACUACAGUAAAUACGAGCAAAAUAUCAACAGCGAACAACACAGCACCCACAGCCGGCAAAAAAACUGGCGCCAAGUCCAAGUCCUCCGCUCCUGUCGGCGUUAUAAUUCCUGUAGUAAUCGCAGUUGUGAUCGUGGGUGCAAUGGUCUCUGUGUACUGCAUAAGACGGAAAAGAAUGGAAGAGAGAGUUCGGAGAACAUUAAGCCAGAGCAAGUUGGUAACAGUUAGCAACGAUAGCUACACUUAUCGGGACCUAGAUACACAAGACGACGGCUUUACGGAAGAAAUACAAGACAUUUUCCCUUCAUCCUAACUUAUCUUUUGAUCAGUUAAGUAAACCAGAUUGAAAAAAACUGGACAUAGUCAUUUGAAUUGCAUAAUCUUAUGGGAGCCUGGGAAUAGUUGAGCCUGCAGUUCUUAGGACGUUGCUAAGAAACACGACGUAGUUGGCGCGGGAAAUAUUUGAGGUUGUUGUGUUAUUUGAUUGGCAUGUAUUUGAUUGGCAUGUAUUUGAUUGGCAUGUAAGGAUCAAGAAGACUUCGAAUGCUUCACGGAAGAUUUGCGGCAUUUACAGCAAAUUGGACCUCGACCUAGGACGCUAGAAAGCUCAAUAUUAGAACCACUUCGCGAACUAAACUGAAACAGUUCAUGUUAAUGAAUCAAUGUGACUAGAUUUGCCUGUUUUGAAUAGGACUUCGUUUGCUUCGUUUAAAUCUUAGUCGAAAAGAAUAAAUUUCCAGGACAAUGUAAAGAUCAAUGUUAGGAAUAGUUUUAUAUUCAUUCCCUAUUGCUUCUGUGAUAAAUGACUUGAGUCAAGACUUUCCUUUCUCACAGUAUAGCUAGGAAGAAAAGGCACCGCAUCCAGGCUUUUCCACAAAUACCACGUAACAUCGCCUUAAUAUCUUUUCAGAAAUUCUCAAAAAUCUUCUAAAUAUCACAAAAUAUUUUCUAAAUAUCUCGAAAAACCCUCUAAAGAUCUCUAAUUUUGUCUCAAAAAUGCACUGAUGUUAAAUCAGUGAGGAAGAAGAUUCAAGCAAUUCGAUGUUAACAGCACCCUCCCUUUCGGAAAGUUGCUGCGUAAGUGUUUUUAGUGAUAUGGAAUAUAUAUGUCAAGUGGGAAAUCAUGGAACUGGAUUGUUUCUGGCUUAGAACUGAGUAUUGGUUCAAGAAAAUAGCGAAGAAAACACAGGGCUCAGCCUAAAAAGCUAUGAAUAUUUCUAAAUAUCCCUAAAUUUUCUAAAUAUCUUAGCAUUUCCUAAACAUCUUGGGAACUUCUUAUAAAUAUCCCCCAAAAGAUCCGGAUAUUUGUGGAAAGGCGUAUACGCAUCCUUUGCAAGCUAAGCUACUAUUCAAGAAGGACUGCGGACUAAGGCUGAGAACUUCUCUAAUUUUAUUUUUCUAUAACAAUUGUUAGUUGAACCAUUUUGCUAAUUUUAACACCGUUUUGUCUUUAAUAUAUUAACAAAGGGGCAGAAAAUAAAGUAAGCAAAUAUUAUAGUAGUAUUCUUUAACAGAUCUUCCAAAAACUACAACAAAAUAUGAUAAUUAAAGCGAAUGUUUGCUUUCCGUAGAUAAAUGGUUAUGAAAGAGUAACAGGAAAAAUCAACAAUUAAUUUGAACAUUGUAGACCGCACAAAGUUCAUCAAUUUGUAUACUUUCAAAAUAAAGGUCAGCGUUAACGACAA